GACCGCCAUAGUCAUUAGGCAUUCCCGCGCGCGUUGCCGCCACUCGAGCACGUUUCGCGCCACCAUUUGACAGUUCACUUUUUUUACGUGCCAGUGUUGACAAAUAAAAAGCAAUUAUUUACAUUUAAAUAAAAACUUUUUCGUAAUUAUUUUGUUUGACAAGUGUUGAAAUCCGAAAUGAAUCAAGUUAUGGAAUUCCACCACGACCAUGACCACGACCACGACCACGGCGGCUGCGGCUCCAGCCACAAAAUGGUGUUCCACGCGGGCGUCUGUCAGGAGAUCCUGUUCGAAGGAUGGAUGACCACGACAGCAUUGGAACUGUUCGGGUCCGCUGUGGCGAUAUUCCUCGCAGCUGUACUCUACGAAGGACUCAAGUACUACAGAGAAGCCCUCCACGCGAGGGCGACGUCCGCUACAGGGGACUCCCAAGUCAACAUCACCAAGAACGAAUGCGGAUCUGGCGGGAACUGCGGAGGAACAGCUGUUGUGAAAUACACAAUGCUGUCGUCGGGCCACAUCAUACAAACGAUAAUGCACUUCAUUCAGUCGACUGCGUCCUACAUCCUUAUGUUGGUGUUCAUGACUUACAACGUAUGGCUCUGUCUGGCACUGGUCUUAGGUCUAGCUCUGGGCUAUUUCUUCUUCGGGUGGCGGAAAAGCAACGUCGUGGACGUCAAUGAACACUGUCAAUAAACAUAACUACACAAAAAAAAACCCUUAAAAAUAAUUUAUGUAACUAUUUAUAAGUCAGUAUAAGCCGAGUAAUAUUAAAACAUAUCGUAAAUUGGCAAUAAUUAAACGUAAUAUUUCGGACUUUUAUACAAAAUAAAAUAUUAAAUUAAUUUUAAAUUUACUUGUGAGUUGAGUACUUUAUUUAAAAAAUGUCAGCUUUAUUGUAUUAUUUCUAAUAUUUUAAAUAUUAAAAAAAAAUUAGAAGUGUAUGAUACAAUGAGCUUUAUGUAAAUGUAACUCGUAAAAAUAUGUAUAUUAAGUAUACGCAUUUGUACAUGCUUACAUCUUAUACAUUUGAGAACUAUAUACAACUUGCGCCACCUAGUGUUAAGUAGCAACAAAUAGCUUGAAUAUUAUGGAGUGAUAGAUGGCGCUGCAAACCAGAUAAGAAUGAAAAAAUUAUGUACCUUAUUUACAGUGUAAAUCGUUUUUUGUUCAAUGCAGUUUAUUUAUUUUUUUCAAACAUUAUGUUUUAAAAAUCAAUUAUUAUGUCGUUUAAUCCAAAUCAAUCUUGCCUAUGUGUAUUUUUUAUAUAAUAAAUUUAGAAUUUGUAAAUAAAUUAAACAACAUUCCUUUUAUUUCCUUCAAGAAGUAUAUAAAUAGAUAAUUUAAGUUUACAAUAUUAGUAUUUUUGAUAACUGUAUAAGUAUGGAAAGCUGAAGUCUUAAAAAUAAUAUUUACCUAAUUUAAAUUCUUCUUUUACAUCAAACAUGGCCAUCAAUCCUAUUAUUCUCUCUGUAAUUACU